AGAGAGCAGGAGGGAGGAGAGCAGAGGUGAGCCUGAGGCAGUGGCAGCAGCAGCAGCAGCAGCAGAGAACUGCAAGUGGACCUGUGCUGUGGGGACCUGUAACUGUCCUGGUGGGUAGAAGUGAUGCCUUGUAUUUUGAUUGGCACUUCCUCGAUGUUUGUCAAAGCCACGUUAUAAUCAACACUGGGUCCGAAGAAUUAUUGUGCACCAAAGCCAAGUAGCUCUUAAAAAACCUCAUUCGUGUUUCAACUGCAAACAUCAGCAAAAAUUCGCCUAGGUUGGCAGGUUGCAAUGACCCAACCACAAACGGCUCCCAUUUGUCUUGUGGAAAACCACAAUGAACAGCUGACAGUGAACCCGAAAGCCAUAGAGAUUCUGGACAGGAUUUCUCAGCCAGUGGUGGUCGUGGCUAUUGUUGGAUUGUACCGUACAGGGAAGUCCUAUUUGAUGAACUGUUUGGCAGGACAGAAUCAAGGCUUCCCUCUGGGCUCCACUGUGCAGUCUCAGACCAAGGGCAUCUGGAUGUGGUGUGUGCCACAACCCACCAAGCCAGAGCACACCCUGGUCCUCCUGGACACCGAAGGCCUGGGGGAUGUGGAAAAGGGUGAUCCUAAGAAUGACUCCUGGAUCUUCGCCCUUGGUGUGCUACUGAGUAGCACCUUUGUCUACAACAGCAUGCACACCAUCAACCACCAGGCCCUGGAGCAGCUGAGUUAUGUCACAGAACUCACUGAGCUGAUCAGAGCAAAGUCUUCCCCAAAUCCUGAUGGAAUAAAGAAUUCCACAGAGUUUGUGAGUUUCUUUCCAGACUUUGUCUGGGCUGUUCGGGAUUUUACACUGGAGCUGAAGUUAAAUGGGGAAGAAAUCACAAGUGAUGGGUACCUGGAGAAUGCCCUGAAGCUGAUCCCAGGCGACCGUCCCAGAAUCCAAGCUUCCAAUUUGUCCAGGGAAUGCAUCAGAUGUUUCUUUCCUAAGCGGAAAUGUUUUGUCUUUGACUGGCCAACGAAUGACAAAGAACUCUUACAAAAACUUGACACUAUCUCAGAAGACCAACUGGAUCCUAAGUUUAGGGAAGGAACAAAGGCUUUUGUUUCUUACAUCUUCACUUAUGCCAAGAUCAAGACCCUCAGAGAAGGAAUUAAAGUCACUGGGAAUCGUCUGGGGACUCUGGUGACAACCUAUGUGGAUGCCAUCAACAGUGGAGCGGUGCCUUGUCUGGAUGAUGCAGUGACAACUCUGGCCCAGCGUGAGAACUCAGCAGCUGUGCAGAAGGCAGCCGACCACUACAGUGAGCAGAUGGCCCAGCGACUGAGGCUUCCCACAGACACGCUCCAGGAGCUGCUGGAUGUGCACACAGCCUGUGAGAAGGAAGCCAUUGCUGUCUUCAUGGAGCACUCCUUCAAGGACGAAAAUCAGCAGUUCCUGAAGGAGCUGGUGGAAUUAUUAGGUGAGAAGAAAGUGCUUUUCCUUUUGAAGAAUGAAGAGGUAUCUGAUAGAUACUGCAAGGAAGAACUGGAUAAUCUUUCAAAGGAUUUUAUGGAAAAUAUCUCAACAUAUUCUGUUCCUGGAGGACACAGGCUCUACAUGGACAUGAGGGAGAAGAUUGAGCAUGACUACUGGCAGAUUCCCCGGAAAGGGGUGAAGGCAAGCGAAGUCUUCCAGAGCUUUCUGCAGUCACAGGCCAUCAUUGAGAGUUCCAUCCUGCAGGCAGAUACAGCCCUCACUGCUGGAGAGAAGGCCAUUGCAGAGGAGCGAGCCCAGAAGGAGGCAGCUGAGAAGGAGCAGGAGCUGCUAAGACAGAAGCAGAAGGAGCAGCAGGAGUUGAUGGAGGCUCAGGAGAAAAGUCACAAGGAAAACCUAGAGCAACUGAGAAAGAAGCUGGUGCAGGAGAGAGAGCAGCUCAUCAAAGACCAAAAUAUGAUGCUGGAGAAGCAGCUGCAGGAUCAAAAGGCUUUCCUUGAGGAAGGGUUUAAGAAGAAAGCUGAUGAAAUGAAUGGAGAGAUAAAACGACUGAGACAUAACAUCGAGGAUAUGAAACAAAACACUGGUUCAGUUGUGGACCAUAUCGUAAGAGGAUUUGCUACAGUUUUAUCUGCUCCCGUUUUACUGGUUGCAGGGGCUAUACAAGGUAUUGCUUCACUUUUCAGGAAGUGAUAAAAUGUGAUAUGCACUUUGUUUUAUUUUAAAGCUGUCUCUUUUCCUUUUUACUCAGUGAAGUUUAAACAUAAAAGUGAUUAGAGGUCAUCUGUGCCCUGCCCACAUCAGAUAGAACAUCCUCAUAUAUGUCUGCACAGACAGUGUUUGUCUUUAGAGAAAACAUUUUUGAAACCAUUCCAAUGGAAGCUAUGUAAUUAGUAAUUACAUGUGAUUACUGUUGGCCAAUUUGACUGGAUAUAGAAUCAGCUAGGAGACAGGGUUUUCUGCACUACUAUGAGGACCAUGUAGCCCAGGUUAGCUUGUAGGGGAUUAUCUCAGGUUAAUAUGGUAGGUAACCCAUCCUAUGUGUGGGCAACACCAUUCCUGUGGACUGAAGUCACAGUAGAAAGAUGAAAGGAAACCGGCCCUACCACUUGUGUCUUCCUGGCUGUGGAUGCCAUGCAACAAGCCAGGCUCGACUUCUCCCAGAAUGGAUUCUCCAUCCUUGACAGAAUGGAUCAUCAUGAUACAUGGACUGCAACAAACCCUUUAUUAAGUGCUUUUGUGAGGGUAUUUUAUCACAACAAGAGGAAAAGUCAUUGAUAUCAUAAUGGUGAGAAGCCUAGAAACUAUUUAAAGGUCACUGAGUUAGAUUGGCAAUAAAUUUUAAUAUGGCUUGAUCUUGUAGUACUAUAUAGUCAAGAAACAAAUGUCAGUUAAGCUAUCUGUAUAUUGAUCUAAACUGAGCUAAACUAUAUUUUAAAAAUAAAAUCAAAACACCAUACAACUGUG